GCACUUUAAUCUCUCUUCGGUUACGAUUUGUCUUUUGCUUAAAGCGUUAUUUGGGGUUGAUGUUCAAUACAGAGAAAAUUCCUCCAUAGUUCUUGGAAUGAUUACAAAAUCGAAAAACCCCAUGGGGUAUUGAAUUUGUUCGUGUCACUUAGCUUGACAAACUGGGAAAAUUAGAAAUUCGGAGUCCAUUCAUUAGCAAUUCAGCAGCCGAGGUUGUGAUGUUGGUGAGUUUGAAAUAUACGAAGGCGCCCUACUAUAUCAACAAAAGGGAAUAAAUCAUAAAAAUACCAAACGUUUUGACAAUGGCAUUGUCCUGCUGCUAAUUUACUCUAGUUAUAGUACUUAGGUUAUAUGUUUACUGAGAUGUUGCAGUUUCUUUACAAGAGGAGUGGUGCUACUGCUUUCAUUUCGAGAUGCAGAAGCUUCAGUAGCGGAGUAGCUUGUGAGAAUGGUAGCUCAUCAUUUGCUGUUAUGAGCUUUGGGGAUGGCAGCCAGGGAGCUUUGGGCUUGCCAGCCUCCCUGAUUGGUGUCGGGGCUGAUGCUUAUGAACCAACUGUAGUACCUGGGCUCCCGGAUGAUGUUGUCAGUGUUAGCGCUGGUCACUACCAUUCUCUUGCCGUGAGUGCUAAAGGGGAGUUGUGGGCUUGGGGUAGAAAUGACGAGGGUCAGCUUGGUAGAGGUCUACUCGAACCCAGACAUUUAUGGAAUGAACCAAAGCUAGUGAAAGGAUUAGCCAAUAUGAAAGUUCAAUCUGCAUUUGCAUCCGGUGUAAUUUCUGCUGCUAUUGGUGAUGAUGGCUCUCUAUGGACAUGGGGAAGGUCCAAGCGUGGGCAGCUUGGACAUGGGAAAGGAAUAACAGAUGCUCUUAUGCCAUCCAAAGUGGAAGCACUCACUGGAGAAGAUAUAACCAAGGUGUCACUUGGUUGGGGACAUGUGCUUGCACAAACAGUUGAUAGAAAGUUAUUUGGCUGGGGCUAUUCAGCUGAUGGAAGACUGGGACGGUUGGGAGAGAAAGUCAAAGCCUCACCAUUAGAUUCAAAAGCAGAAUUACCUGGAACACAUGAGAUGACACGCUCUGAAGCGUUAGAUAUUGCUGAGAAACAUGUCUUGGAAAGUAUGGAGAAAGAAAAAGACAUGCCAAUUGUGUGGGAACCACAUUUAAUAGAAGAACUUCAUUCCGUUCCCGUGACUGAUAUCUCUUGUGGUCUUGAUCACUCCUUAGUCAUUUGCGGGGAUAGCACAAUGCUAAGUGGGGGCAGUAACAUCUAUGGUCAAUUGGGGAGAGAAAACCAAGGCCUAGGGUUUUUUCCAGUUGACAUGAGCUUUCGUCCGCUGUCAGUUGCUUGUGGGCUGGGACAUUCCCUUGCAAUCUGUGCAACGGGGGAAGGCAAUGAUAUCAGAAAAGCCUUAUUUUCAUGGGGAUGGAACGGGAGUUCACAGCUUGGAAGGCCAGGCCUUGGCCUUGAGAGCAAACCAUUGGUGGUGGAAAGUUUAGCUCCUGUAGCUGUUUCCUGUGGGCGUGUGCAUUCAGUUGCUGUCACUGACGACGGACAAUUAUGGGUUUGGGGUUGUGGUAAAAAUGGGAGACUUGGCUUAGGCAGCUCAUUUGAUGAAUCGGAACCAACUUUAGUUGAGAUUGAGGAUUACAAAGUUGUCCAAGCUGUAGCAGGGUUUGAUCACACACUGCUUUUGGUUGCUGAAUAAUCAUAGAGCUAAUUUGCAGGUUUUGGCAUUUUGUUUUUGUUCGUCAACAUUCAACAACUACUAUUCUAAUUUGCUUCUCCAAGUAACUAUUCUUAUUUGUUGGAGUUAGCAAGAUCAACCGAGCCACACUUUUCUUAAUUGGUACUACUACCCCCUUACGUGCUUAUAUUGGAGCCAAUAGAUACAAAUAUACAAUGAUACAAUCAUUAAUACCUAUGGAGUGCUACGCAUAUAUCUUGAAGGUUUUACUCAACUGAAACUUGAGGGUUCUUUUCAUUUA